AUGUGGGAGUCAUGUAGAGUUGUCCCACAAGAAGUCAAGGACGCCGUUCUUCAUGAAUUAUCGCAUCACUAUGAGCUCUCCAACCUCGAUGCCAAUCAAAUGGAGUACAUCAACGACCUUUGCACUGGUAGGUUCACUCAAUGGAAGAGUGACCUCCACAAUCAUUAUGAGCUAUAUGACGGUUUGGAGGUCGCUCUAGAAGUUAGGUGCCCUAUAGAGUUAGUGGACCGUCGGGAUGAAUGGGAGUGGCUUUGCGGCCAUUUUCAAGACCAGAAAUACAUGAAAAAAGUGAAAGCAAACUCGAUCAAUGAGUCGAAGAAGAAACUUCUUCACCGAUCCGGCUCACGAUGCUUCUCCUAUAGGUUGGAGGAGCCAUGUAAGCGUGAUAGAGAAGAGUGUCAUGACCGGAUGAUGAAAGAUUAUUUCAUCGAACGUCCGAGAUAUUCUUCUCAUGAUUUUCGGAGGUGGUUUCGGAUGAGCAAAGAGCUUUUUGAAAGCAUCUUGAACGCAAUUGUCCAUCAUGACCACUACUUUGCAAGGAAGAUAGAUGUUGUAAGCCGACAAAGCCUAUCACAUUAUCAGAAACUCAAAUUUGCAUUUCGGAUGCUAGCUAAUGGGUGCUCUGCAGACUCAACUGACGAGUAUUGCCGACUUGCGAAGAGUACUGCUAUUGAGAACCUGAAGCGCUUCUGUAAGGUAAUUGAAGCCAUAUAUGAAGCCACAUACCUUCGCAAGCCAAAUCGUGAAGACUUGAAGCGGCUUCUAAGCAAGGCAAACAAAAGAGGCUUCCCUGGCAUGAUAAAAAGUCUCGAUUGUAUGCAUUGGGAGCGGAAGAAUUGUCCUACUGCUUGGGCCAACCAAUUCAAGGGUCGUCUCAACAAGCUAACCAUCGUGCUCGAGACUGUGGCGUCUUACAACAUGUGGAUCUAG